AUGGCAGUCAGAAAAGCUGAGUCACUGCAUUACUCCAUAGGGCUCUUGGGCAUUUCCGCAGGAUCACUCUUGCUGGCAGUGCAUUUCUACAGUUUACCCAGAGCAGCCCCAGUGAUCCCCAGCACAGCUUUAGGAAUCCUUCUGUUGAUUUUAUCAUCGCUUUUGGCGUAUGCAGGAAUUCAGAGAAGCCAAAGAGAUGCGUCCCUGUUCUUGUCCCUCUGCCUGACCAUCUCAGUGUUCUGGUGUGGCUAUGGAGUGGUCUUCAUCCUGGAAGGGCAAGGAGUUUUGAACGACACCGGUGAUUUCCGCAAUGCCUUGGUGCCUGGCCUGGUCACAUUUACUUUGGCACUACUCAUUGUCGCAGUGGUGGCCUUCCUUAGCAGAGAGGUCAUCCUAGCUCUGAUUGCUUCUGCUGUCUCACUCGCCGGUGCUCAUGAAGUCGCCAUGCACUAUAGCACGUCUUUUGGUUCCUCUGCCGUGGCUUGCAAUUAUAUGAUUGUCUGCUUGGUUGGUGGCUAUUUUGCUCUGGGAAGGAUUGUUUAUUUCCUCUCCAAAGAGAAAAUUGCCCUCCCCGGCACAGAUCUGGCCAAGAAUAAGGCCCAUGAGCAGAUCCAGCCCACCAGUGGUAGCAUGAAUCAUUUUGCGGUUUUCGGUGUGAUCCUGAACAUGCUGUCUGCCAGUGUCUUUGGCUGCAGGCUCCUGGGCGUCACUAGCAAACUUUUUAUCGGACAAAUGCCCUGGCUGUGGGCAGCUGGGGUCUACCAGAUUGGAGUCUGCAUUUUGUCAUACCGUGCAAUGGAUGUACUAAUGGCUACCUUCUUCGGUUUCACUUCCAUCCUGAAAUUUGCGGGAGGCUAUUGCCUUCUAUACCCAGUCUGGCAAACAGAGGAACCAUCCUUCCCUACCCCAUUCCUCGUGGUUUUUUCAAUUCUUUUUGCUGCCUUGGCUCUCUUUCUCACUCUUAAGAGCCUGGUGGAUGGCCUGUAUUUGCUGUUUUAUGUGGCCUACUGCAUUGCAUUAGCUUGCCGUCCCAAGGGAUUUUUCGAAGGCGGACCCCAAGGUGUGGAUGUGGCCAUCUUUGUGGCCUCAGCCUUGAUGGCUCUGAUUCACCUGUACAACGUGAAAACAGGCACCAAAAUCCCGAUUGGGCAGGGUGUUGUGAAGGCCCUGCUUGCUCGCAGCAGUUUCCUGAAGCUUCGUGAAGGGGCAGACCUUCACACUCCCUACCUAGGGUACUCCAAGUACGCCGAUGCAGAAGUACUUGGCUAUGCGUGCAGCGUCCUUGCUUCUUUUGCUAUAACAAUGACAGGGGACCCACAGGCUCCACUCGCUACUGUUGUAAUCCCAUGGGUGGUGGUAGCUGGUGGGAUCCUUAAGUUUCUAGGUGGCUCAGUGGCCUUUGCCCGGGGGAAAACCCUGGAGAGCAGUGCCUUCAUUCUCUAUGCUGUCAUGUGGAUCAUCUGGGGCUUGGCAAGGUAUGGUGGCCUCUAUGGCACGACCAGAAGCUUCCACACAGCAGUAGGCAUCAUUGCUUUCAUGCUUUUCAAUGGCUUCAUUGUCUUCUGCACACUCUUCUUAAACAUCACCUGGUUCUUUUACUCCCUCACUUUCUUGCUCAUUGCUGUCAGCUUCCUGCUGGAUGCCAUCGGUGCUCUUCCAGUCGGCUAUGACAUUGCUGCUACUGUCAUCUUUGGUCUGGUCAGCUUUUACUGCUUCCUGUCUGCGCUUUUCAACAGCAUCUUUGAGGGUUCCUGCUUACCAAUGGGUAGGCCCCUUGUGCAGCUCAGUGGUGUUGGGGGAGGAAUGACCAAGUGCCUUCACCUGCCUGCCAGGAAAGCUUCCUCAGUCAAGAGAAUUGCAGAUAUCCUGAAGAACGGAGGGACUUGUGGCAUCCCCACAGAUACUGUAUAUGUGCUUGUGGCAGCCUGUAAUCGGCCUGAUGCUGUGGAGAAAGCUCACCGCUCCAAGCGCCAGGCUCAGGAGCGCCCCAUGUCACUCUGGAUUUCUAGCCUGAAGCAACUGGAACCUGCAAAGCAUUUGUUUAGCCCCCUCCUCUGGGACUUCAUGGAAGCUGCCUGGCCGUCUCCUAUUAGCUUGGUGGUUCCCAGAGGUGCAUGGGUUGACUUCCUGGGGAUGAAGGACUCUGCUAAAUAUGUCGGGACCCCUCAGAGCAUUGCCAUCCGCAUUCCUGAUUGCUCCGUCACCACACACCUCAUCGACCUGGUUGGCCCCAUUGUGGUCACGUCAGCUAACCCAACAGGAGAGGCAGACACAACACACCACAACCAAGUGUACGCCAAGCUGGGAGAUAAGGUGGAUGCAGUUCUUUGCGAUGGUCCUUCUCCAGAGAAUAUUGCCUCUACUGUUGUGGACUGUACCAAAAUUGACAGUGGAAAUAUAGGAUUCUUCAGAGUUGGCAUCAUCCCCAAGUCUCAGGUGCUGCAGAUACUGGAGCAGGUGCAGAAGAAACACUCACUGGUUCCUGGCAGUGGUACCAGGAUCCCAAAAGGCCAGGAAGAACACCCAAACCACAGCCACGCAGUGCGAAAUGGGGUGGGCACGGCUGCCCCAGCAGCCAGAGCCCCGGUGCACUCCACUGAUGGGAACCACACUCGUCUCUGACUCUGUGCAGAGUCUGAAUUUCAGAAGAAUCGUAUGCACUGCGUUUGAAGAUGCUAGAAGCUGGUCUGUUGCCUUUUAGCAUAACUGAACAUACUUCACGGUACAUUUCCUCCAGAGUGCAGACUUUGUAGAAGAGUAGUAACUGACCUGGAGGAAGUAACAAGAAGUUUCAAACCAACAUGAAGAGUUUUCUUUGGCAAAAUCUGCCUGGCCAUGCAGUUAGUGGCUUGUUUAGCCUCUGAAAACUGUUGAUAUUACUCUUACCUGACUCAGGUGCAAGGUGCUGAUCAAACUGCAGCUGAAACCAAUGAAUAAUCUUAUUGAUUUCACCUGAAGUGCUAUUGGAACUUGAGCAUAAAUGCUGUGCAGUCAGAGAAGCUAAACCUCUGUGAACUGUGGCAAAAUCAUGCCUUCUCAGCUUGUUCUUUACA